GUGAAAGUUCGCUCAAUUUCAUGCUAAUUUUGUAUAGCGAAGGGAGCUCGACCGUGAAUUUUGGCAUAAUUGUUCUCCCCUUCUGAUAUUCGGGAGUCCCUUACAAAGCAUUAAAAGGCGAAUAACAAGAGGAUACGGACUCGUGAUUUUCAGCACCAACACCCAGUCGGUGAACGAGAUGAAGUUCAGCUCUAGUUUGAUCACUUUGGCUUUGGCCUCAGUUUCGAUGGCAAACCCGGUGGCGAGAGACACAUCGGGGUAUGUCAAAGCGUCUGGUCAAGGCUUUACACUCAAUGGUGAACCGUACACGGCCUUUGGCUCCAAUUCCUACUGGGUUGGCCUUAUGGAAUUGAGUACUACCGACAUGGAUACUACCUUUGCGGACAUCGCAGCGACUGGUGGGACAACAGUCAGAACUUGGGGCUUCAACGAGGUCACAUACCCGAGUGGCGAUUACUACCAGCUUUGGAACGGGAGCACCCCUACCAUCAACUAUGGUGCUACAGGACUAGAGAACUUUGAUAAUGUCGUUGCUGCUGCAAAGAAGUACAACAUCCGCCUGAUCGUCACUUUAACUAACAAUUGGGAUAACUACGGUGGUAUGGACGUCUAUGUCAACCAGAUAAUUGGUCAAGGUCAGCCCCACGAUUAUUUCUACACCAACCCUGAAGUUAUCGCUGCCUAUCAAAACUAUGUGAAGGUGUUUGUGUCCCGCUACGUGAAUGAGCCUACCAUUUUUGGGUGGGAGCUUGCCAAUGAGCCGCGAUGCACUGGGUCCACAAAUGCUACAUCGGGUACCUGCACCACAACAACCAUUACAAACUGGAUCAAGACCAUAUCUGCUUAUAUCAAAUCGAUUGACACCAACCACCUUGUUGGUCUUGGCGAUGAGGGCUGGUUCAACUAUCCCGGAAAUCCUGACGAAUCUUAUAACGGAUCUCAAGGCAUCGAUUUCAAUGCCAAUCUGGCUGUUGAUACCAUCGAUUUUGGAACCUUCCAUUUGUAUCCGUUCUCUUGGAGCGAGACCAACGACCCAAGCGCUAUGGUAUGGGGUGCGGAAUGGAUUCAAAAUCACAGGAUAUCACAGGAAACAUACAACAAGCCAGUCCUCAUGGAAGAGUUUGGUGUUCUCGCCAAUCAGAACCAGACUGAGACCUAUUUGACUUGGUACUCCACUGUCAUUGACUCUGGUCUGACAGGUGUACUCAUCUGGCAAGCUGGAUCGAAUUUAACUACUGGACCGUCGCCCAACGACGGUUAUGCUAUUUACCCUGAUACUCCCAUUUACUACAUGGAAGAGGGUUUCUCGCGUGCACUCAAAGCUAGAAAUACCUAAAUGGAAAGUUCCUUCAGUUGUAAGGGGUGAAAGGGUGUCCGUUGAUUUUUGCAUUGAAUAUUGGGGUCAACUUGUUUUCGCCGUGGUUAUGUAGGCUUGUAUUUUAUAAAAAUUUUACCUUUACACUUCUGAAUGGUUU